GUCUGUCAAGUGUCAAGUCAUUUUGCAUUGGACUGUGGACUCAUUGGAUUAAAAUGAAAAAACAUCCGGGAAAACAAAUAAUAAUUUAAACUUUAAUUAUUAUUAUUUAUUUUAAGUUAAUUUAUGUUAAUUGAUUGAUGUGAAUCAUGGAAACGAGUCAAUAUUAAUUUUAAAACAAUAAUGAAUUCUAAAAUGUCAUAUCCAGAACCUCUCAUAAAAGUUUUAUCACCUCAAGAACAAAAGGAUGCAUCUAAAUUUAGUGAAGAUGUUUGUAAAAAAAUUGCAGCGGUUGCUGGUGUUAACAUUGUAUUCCAAGGGCAAAGAACUGCGGGAGAAGAGUUGCUUAAAAACCUAGAUCGCAGAGGACAUACUUAUGAGCAAUACAUUAGUUAUUUAAACUUAGUGAACAGACAAGCAUAUUACAGACCUGAAGCAAAGGUGGCAAUACUUAUCGCAAAUGAAAAGUAUGAGCAUUUGUCCAAAUUGGUGACACCUUCCAUUGAUUGUGAGGCUUUGGGUAAUAGUAUUAGAGAAUUAGACUUCAUUACAGUCUUUAUAAGCAACACUAAAAGUGAUAUGUUAAAGGAGAUAUUGAUGAAGACAUUUUCAUUGAUACCUGAAAAUUCUUAUUGUUUUAUAUUCUAUGCUGGACAUGGCUGUGAACUAAUUACCACGAAAUGCAUACUGAGCAUAGAUUGUCCCUCUGAGAACAUUGAGUUUGAUCAUUGUGUCACUGAAAACUGGCUGCUGAGAGAAUUAGCCAAAUGUAAGCCAGAGUUAUGUGUGCUUAUUAUGGAUAUGUGCAGAGUUAAUUUAGAUAGACAAACGAACCAAGAGAUUUACAGAGCUAUACCACACAUUGAAGAGUACACAAUUCACAGUAACUUACUAAUCAGUUACUCUACACAAUCAGCUAAUGCUGCGUACGAGUGUAUUUGGGUUGAGAAGUCGGAAACAAUUGGUGACACCUCGUACUCAGUCAAGUCCACCGAUGUUGUAUGUGGGGGAGGCAGUCAGUAUGUGAACGCCCUGUGGAGCAGGUUGUGUGAAAAUGAUGUUGAUAUAUCCACCAUGCUGGAUAAUGUUCAUGGAGAUGUAGAGAAUUCAGUAAAGCACCAGAGACCUAUUAAGGUGCAAUGUGGUGUUUCAAAGAGAUAUUUGAGUGAUUCAGUGGAAGGUAAUACAAAGGAACUUUGGUCAACUUUAAAGGGAGCUCUAGAAAAAUACCAAGAAUAUUGCUCUGUCUGUUUAGAAAAAUGAUUAUUAGUUGAAUGCCAUCUCUCCUGAUAUUAUGUGACUAUGCAGUAGAUAUUUUGUAAUCAGUCAAUGGGGACGAUAGAGAUAGAGAGUCUGGCAUAUUUGGCAGAUGUAAAAGCUUAUUUAACCGCUAGCAGAUGCCCGCGACUUCGUACGCAUGAAAAUCGAUGUACAUUUUCAACCCCUGCGACCCUUCGUCGGCCGGAAGCCGCGCAUUUACACUUAUGUAAAAUACCCGGUCAAAGCCCAAGUAGGCGAAGGCAGUAAGGCACGGCCGGAAGACAGUCAUGCAUGCGGCCGGAGGCCGCGCGUCUAUCUUACUUAGGUAGAAUGCCCAGCCGAAGCCACGACCGGCGGCCCUAUCACAAAACCCAGGCCGAAGGCCAGGGUACGCUAACUUAUGGCCGGGAGACAGUAAUGAGCGUAGCCGGAGCUCCUAUAGCCUAUAAUAAUAGUCCAGUGAACAAAUUAAAUUGUGUUAAAUACUGAUACCGCGAAUAGAAAUACGUGUGGUAGCUUAUUCGACUCGUCAUGACCUCAAGAAAAAUGUGCAAAAAUGCCAGACCCGCACAUAAACAAUUGCAAAAGUUAUAAACAAAUGAAGAUUUUUAAAAAUAGGGGUCUACAUUAAUGGAAAUUACUCCCAAACUAUUGGUGUUAGAGAAUUUUUACAAUGGGAUUCUUUAAAGUAGAGAAUCUCUUACCAGGCUGAUUUUAUAAACCUGAUGCAUUUUGCUAUUGCUCUUCACAAUAGGAACUAUAGAAAUUUUCUUUAAAUUGAAGAAAUAAGUUUUAAAUAAAAUCAUCUAUCUGUGAUCAGUCACUCAAUUUUAAAUAGUUAUUUUUGUAAAUCAAUUUGAAUAUACUAACCUACAAUUUAUAAAACCUUGUAAAACAGUAAUCAAUGCUUUUUUUGUGUAUUAUUUUUUUAAUAAAAAAUAUUUUUUAAUCAUGGACUAAAAAUAGCCUGAAGCUAUUAAAUAGCAUAGUCUAAUUUACUUCAAACUUGUGAUGAGAUUUUAAAGGUUUAUUAUGUGACUUAAAGUUUAAAUCCUUUUAUGACACUGGAGUUUUGUUAAAAAAUAUUAAAAAUUUGAUUAUAAUUAUGAAGGUAUAUUAAUAAUAUUAUUUGAUUGUUGACGUUUAUGAGAUUAUGGUAAUUUUAUUUUAUAAUAAAAGAUGAAAACAAACAAUAA